AUGCUUCAGAUCUUGCUGGAAGACAACUCCUUCAGAGGGGAACUCGUUCCUUCUAGUGGAUGUCCGAUCAACCAGAAGGAAAUUUCUGUGAAAAAGAAGCAAGAGGAAAAGAAGAGGAGAGGGGUAGAACUAGAUGCACGAAAAUUCGGUGUACACUACAUCCCGAAAAGGGCGUCGUCGGCAGAUGCUGCUAAGCGACGUCAACCAGCGGCAAAGGUAAUGCCAAAGAUUCUAAUGACCUUCCAUUUCGUUGCUAUGCUAGCAAUAAUGGUAUAG